AUGACACAGGGCCUAAUCACUUUGGGUUUCAGGGGGGAAGCACUUGCAUCUCUUGCGGAGGCGGCCUGUCUGGAGAUCACAUCCAAGGCAAGAGGGGCCUUUGAGACGCACACCAAGCUCCUGCAAGGGGGGCGGGUCCUCAAGGAAGGGCUUGCGCUUGAACAGCGGAUCAAGCAGGGCACAAGGGUGACCGUCAGGGACCUCUUCUUCAACAAGCCAGUGCGCAGGAAGCAUCUCAUUGGGGCAGGGAUCAAGAAGGAAGUGGAUGACUGUAGAGAGCACAUCCUGCGGUUGGCGCUGCCGCGCUCGAAUGUGGGCUUCACCUUUGUGGACAGCAUGCGUCAUGACGUGCUGCUUUGCCUGAAAAGGGGCCGCACAGAAAGGGAUGUCCUGCCGCUGGUGUUUGGGCAGCGGCUGGUACAAUGUGGGGCAUGCCAUGAUGGGCCCAUCAAGGCCGAGCUCUACAUAUGCAACCCGCUGGAGGGCUUUGCCUCCAAAGCACGCCAGUACAUGUAUGUGAACGGCCGCUAUGUCAGCGGGGAUGCCGCCUCCAAGCUCCUCAAUGACCUCUUCCAGCAGCUGCUGCAGGACCUGAACAGGCGCGGCUGCGAGCAGCAGGGCAGGCUGCGGCGCUUCCCGGCCUUCAUCUGCCACAUCAGCUGCCCGCCCGGCCUGCCCGACGUGACCGCCCGGCCAGACAAGACCGCCGUACAGUUUACUGACUGGACCCCGGUGCUCAGCGCUGUCCGAGGCGCCGCCAUGCAGGCCUGGCACGAAUUUGCCCCCCUCUGGCUGCUCACCCCUCGCCCCGCCUCAGCCCCGGCCCAGCCGUCAGCUACACAGCCCAGAGAGUCAUUGGCAGCAGUUGGCAGUCAGGGAGGGGCAAGCUGUGCAGCCGCGGAGGGCAUGUCAGCGGUGCAGCGGGCGAAGGCGGCUUCUUGCGGCGCAGCAGUUGCGGCAGGAGGCAGAGACAGGGCGGAGCACAGGGCGGCAAAGCGGGUCCGCUUCUCGCUUGAUGCUGAAAUUGACACCGCCCGCAUGGGCAUGGAAUCUGCACCUGGGGGGCCCCUCAGGACGCAGGAAGGCCCAGCAGAGCCUGCUCAUGGGUCAGCAUGGAUGCGCAGCGGCAGCUUGCAGGAUGCGUCAGAGGCAGCCUGGCUGGACGUGAGUCAAGGAGAUGCCAGCCGAGCAGCCAUCCCUGCGUUGAGCUGGCUGCACAGCAGUGACUGGGACGGACAGCCAACCCAUUGCUGGAGUGAGAACGCAGCAGAAGAGGCACAGCAAGCAGAGGUGGGCGUCAGUGAUCCUGAAGGAGCCAGCAUGGCAGGCGUAAGGGGGAGCUUUGAAGGUCCAGACAGUGGCAUCGGGCCAUCGGGCUUCCCACAGAGCCCCAGCACAGCUGCCUUUGCUGCGCAGCUGCCCCACUCACCCACGCUGCCCAGCCCUGCACGCUACUCGCCAGAAGAUUUCAUUGCCAGCCCAAGUGCACCUGCAGGCAGUACAGAGCGCCAGUGGCAGCCGCAGCUUGGCUUCCGCGUGCAGCGGCGCCCAUGUGGGCCCAGCUUGGCACCAGAGGGACGUCGGAAUGUUGCAGGCUGCAGCAUGACGGACCAGAUUCAGUCACCCAGCAGCUCCGCGGGACUCAACGGCGAGCCUCUCUGGCCGGCAGAUGCUCAGAUGGCUUCGGCAAGCGGGCAGAGCAUGGACAGUGCACUCGCAGAAUGGAUGGAAAGGGAUGACGAGGAGUGCGAGACGCUUGCAGCAGCACUCUGCCGUGCAGAUGAGGCUGCCCAGCUUCCUGCUGGACACAGCGAGGGACCUAGUCUCUCAAAUCAGCAGCAGCAGCAGCAGAAACAAUUGGGGAGGGCAGAGAGGAGUGCGGAGGCGGACAUUGCGGAUCUGCUUGAGGGCUGCGUGGCCAAUCGCAGGCCGCCAGCUGGCAGGCAGCGCGCCAGCUCAGCGCCACCUCACCACCGGUCGCGCAUGCGCGCGGCCCACACCAACCCACUCGCCAGCCUGUGCUCCUCUGGCAGAGGCCUCACCUCCCUCCACGAUCCUCCAGCCAACCAUGCAGCAUGUGGGCAGCCUGGAAUCAGCAUGGAGGAGUGCCAGGCAAAGGAGGGGAGUGGACGAAGGCAGAGUGCCAGCACUGUGCCGGCGAAGAGGAGAGGGAAGCGCGGAUCCCAGACAGUGUCAGGCGUGUGCAGCAGGCCUGGGCUGGCAAUGGCCCCCAAGAGGCAGCAGCGACAUCCAGAUGCUGGGUCAGAGCCGCUCAGCGAAGCAAAUUUGACACACAACAGUGCUCCGGAGGGAGGCCGAGCAGAGGAAGCAGGAAGGAACUCGUGUGCAUCAGGAGGAAGUGGCGCAUCGGCGGCGGUUCAGGGUGGCACUUUGGCGGAUCUGCUGCGCGAGUGGGUCAACCCGGCGUGCGCGUCCAGUCAGCGGCAGGUGCCUGAUCUGGCCGGCCUGGCAUGCGGCAAUCUUCUGGGCCUUGUGCCUGCCUCCAUCACAAAGAAGGCCCUUGCCGCUGCUCGGCCCCUGCGCCAGGUGGACAGGAAGUUCAUCCCGCUGGUGUGCGGCUCCCAGCUGGCCAUCAUGGAUCAGCACGCGGCCGAUGAGCGCGUCCAGCUGGAACAUCUGCAAGACCAGGUGGUGGGUGCGGGUGGUGUGCCUGUGGCCACGCACAGCUGCACGCUGUCACCUCCACAGCCACUGGACAUCAGCGCAGCGGAGCAGCACACGCUGGACAGGUUCAACGACAUCCUGGAGGCCUGGGGCUGGCACUGGGACAUUCCUGGCGCAUGCACUAUCGAAUCUGCAGCAGCACACGGUGGCGCCAGGCUGACACAUGCUGCUGUGGUGCUGGGCACGCCCCUGAACGGGGUCGAGCUGCAGACCUUUCUGCAUCAGCUGGAGAGCACUGGCGGCUCUGCCAAGGUGCCUCCAGGAGUCCUGCGCGUGCUGGCCUCCAAAGCCUGCCACUCUGCCAUCCGGUUUGGAGACGUCCUGGAUAUCGAUCAGUGUGAGCGGCUGCUGGAGAACCUGAAGAGUACCAGAGCCUGGCACUGCUGCGCGCAUGGGCGUCCCACAGUGGCUCCUCUUGUGGACGUGACUGCUCUGCACAGAGUCAUUGCUCUGCGAGGCUGCGCAAGCUAG